AUGUCCAGAGGAUCCAAAGGGGGAUACUUCAACUUCGCUCCUAGUGCUGCCAUGUCUGAAGUUCUGAAGGCCUCGGUGGAUGGAAUCAAAGCGGAUCGCUGGUACAGUGAUGACGGCGCUUCAAGGCACUUGACUUGGAAUCGGAGGUUCUUCUCGUCGUACACUGAGUCCGCACAACCACAGAGAAUUUCUCCCGGGGAGAAAGAUGUGACGAUGCUCGCGCAUGGGGAGGGAGUCGUGGAGGUGAUAUUCCACAAUCAAAAUAACGAUGUCGUGGCUACCCUGAAUGAUGUCCUCUUCGUGCCCGACGCAACCGCCCAUCUUAUGUCUGUCCGCGCGGCAGGGGAAAGGAGAAUGGUCACGGUUAUCGUCAAGGAAAGCCUUAGCAUUCGGAAGAAGUGCAACACGCUCGUCGCGAGCGGAAAACUAUCCGGAGGUCUGUAUGGAAUGGACCAGUCUGUGGUAGAGCCGAAGGCCGCUCAUCUCGAAGAAAAUGAGGUGUGGGAUCUGGUUGAGCGUCCGAGGGGUGCGAAAAUAGCCAAGAGUUGCUGGGUUCUCCGAAUGAAGGGCAUGGGAGGAGGCAAAGAGAAAUUCAAGGCUCGCUUCUGUGCGAAGGGGUACGCCCAAACUCCCGGAGUUGAUUACUUCGAAACCUUCAGUCCAGUCGCGAGGUGGAAGAACAAAUCCGAGAUUGAGAGCUUCCUCGAGGAGCUCAAGAAAGUCUUCAAGAUCACCAUCGGCACUCCGGAGAGUUAUCUGGUGUCAACGCUAGCGGUCAAGGAUGAAACCGAGGAGGUAGAGCAACUGACAGCGAAACUUCCGUACCGUGAAGCUGUAGGAUGUCUCAUGCAUCUGUCGAAUGCGACACGCCCCGACAUCGCGUUCGCUGUUAGCAAGGCUGCAAGAUCCUCGGAGGAACCGAGUGCGCCUGAUUGGCUUGGUGUGAAGCGUAUCUUCAGAUAUCUGAGAGGUACCUCGGACAUCGGCAUCAUGUACGGCGACUGCCAGAGUGGCGAGUCUCGGAGUAUGGAACUACUAGAGCGGAGAAGUCUGAAAAUUCAGGAAAUUUCAGAUUCCCCGCGAAAAAUGAAGAUUAAUGUGAUCCUGGUCUUCGGAACGGCCCUGUUGAUUCCGACACUGGCCGCAGUCGUUCCAGAAUUGCCGCCGAAGAAGCAAGCUCUCCUAAUGGUGAUGAGAAAGCUCGGCCAAGACAUUGGCUCAAGACUCCAACCGCUCUUCGAGGAGCUCCUGGUGGAUACGAACGUGACGAAUAAUUGCAUCGGUUCUCUCGUCAGAACCAUGGCUGCUGCUCGCGAGAAUGAGGAAUGGGCUUUACGAAUACUCCUCUCGUCGGGCUCCUUACCGACCAGCAUACUGGACGGCGGACUCGCCUCCUACGGUAGUUUCGAUCAAUGUCGGCGCGCCAGACGAUACAACUCAGAGGGUCAUUUAGCCUUCAGAGGUCAAUGGUGCGCGGUCACGAUCUUACCGGAUGACGACAUCGUGGAGCACAUCAGGCCGUUCUCGUCUUUUAAGGAGUUCUUGGUACGGGCUCCACAACAAGAUAGGAUUGUCCCGAAAAAUUUGAGGAAGUUGCACAUCGGAAUAAAGAUAGGCGUAUGCGUCCCCUCCUCAUGCAAUCAAGAUGAGCUCCACUACAUUGUCAACAAAGCGCUGAUGGCUUAUGACAUAUCAGCCGUUGUAUCGGGAUGUCAGACCGACGAAACUAUCGCAUUGAGUACCGCACAGAAGAUUUCUCUGACAUACGUGCUGAUAACAGCUGCUCUAUUGAUCGUCGGGACCUUCCUGGAUUGGAAAAUCGAGAGAGGUGAUAAGGAAUCAAAAACGGUCAUCGAAGUUCUGAGCUUCUUCUCCAUCCGACGAAACACUGCGCGACUUUUAAAGGAUCCAAAAGACGAGAACGGGUCUCUUCAAUUCAUGAACGGGCUAAAAGUCCUCCUCUCGUUUUGGGCCGUCGUUGGGCAUACUCACUGUUUCCUUCAGCCAGAUAUGCUCGAAAACUUCUACGAUGGCAGAGAAGCAAUCAAGAGCUGGAUUUUCCAGCCCAUAGUCAACACUUUCAUGGUGGUCGAGACCUUCUUCUUCAUCAGUGGCUUCCUCCUGGGAUAUCUCACAAUCGUAAAUCAGGAGAAGAUCCGCAAUGCCUGCCGGGGUCGUCAUAUCUCAGUGAUUUAUUUCACCGUCUUUCUGCGGCGAUACGUCAGGACUAUGCUUCCAGCUCUUGCAAUGUUAACCUACAGUUUCCUGAUCCCCCUUUUAUAUGACUCGCCGAUCGCGAUCGAUAGCAUGCUCGCUGCUUAUGUCGGCAACUGUCCCAACAAUUGGUGGAAGUUGCCUCUUCUCAUAGGAAACACCGACUCUGCAUCAGAUCUGUGCGCUAUUCACACAUGGUAUUUGGCUGUCGACAUGCAAAUUUUCGCUCUCGGAUCGGCAUUCGCUCUACUUCUGGUGUUCAGACCUAGGAUCGCUUUAGGUCUCAGUGGAAUACUCUGCGUGCUGGCUGCGAUCUUCACAGCCUACAUCACAUACGUUAUGAAUUUCGCCUACAUCAUAACGAUCAAAGACUUCGAUUUCGAGCGAGUCUUCCGGACCUUCGAUUACGUCUACAUACAGGCCUACCCUCAUCUUCCGAACUAUUUCCUCGGUCUCAUCUGCGGAUAUUUCAGUGCGCGCAAUCCCAAAACAUUCCUGUCCUUGCGGAUUCGGAUUGUCAUGUGGCUGAUCUCCACGCUCAUAGCUUCGUAUGUCGUCUUCGGUACGGCGAUCUGGUUCAAUUACGGGUUCCCAGAGCAACUACCGGGAUCAAUCUACGCAGGUUUCCACAGGCCGCUAUGGGGUCUGGCCAUGAUGUGGCUGACCUAUGCGAACACGACAGGCAGAGGCGGCAUCGUCAACGAGAUGCUCUCGCACCGGAUCUUCACGGUUUGCGGUCGUCUGACCUAUGGCAUUUACCUCAUGCACGUGAUAGUGAUAUCUGUCAAGAACGGAUAUCUCAAGGGUUCCGUAUUGUACGUCAAUCAAUUUCUAGUGUUCAAGGACGCGCUGGGAAUAUUCGUAAUGUCUAUCUUCCUGGCCUACUAUCUGAAUAUUUCCGUCGAGGCACCCUUGGCCGCAAUGGACGAUAUGAUUUUCGGUGAGCGUCGGACAGCUAGAUCGCGUAAGCAGCCGUCGGUUCUGAAAGGAUCAGAUGAUAAACGACAAUAG